UUGUACUUUGUUUUCUUGCAGGAUAUUGUUACAUUCAGAAUCAAACAUGAAAAAACAACACACAUUUUAUUCAACCUCAACAUCUUCUAAUCUAGGAGUUAACAAAGAUUCACAAAUGAUUUCAAAAGCGAAGCCGAAAAUCCGAAUAAUUCAUAUAUAUGCUCCAGAAAUCAUAAAAACUGAUGUUGCAAAUUUCAGAGAGCUUGUUCAAAGACUCACAGGAAAGCCAGAAGAUCAUGAAAAGAGAGGUGCAAGAAGCAAAUCCAAAGAUUCAAUGGAUUUACACCUCGAAAAGGCGAUGAUCGUGCGAGAAGAUGAGAAAGAUUUUCUUAGUCUGCAAAAUGGGGUAAGUGUGAAGAAUGAAACUGAAGAGGAAGAAAUAUGGAGAAGAUCAAAGUCAAAUGAAAAAUUCAAUGGUUUCUUAGAUGGUUUUUCAGAAUAUGAUGGUUUUAUGGAAGAGUUAAGUACUAUGCCUCUACUUAAUCAAAAUUAAGUUUUUUUUUUUUUUUUUUUAUGUUUUGUUUGUUAUUUAUCUUGCUAAUUGGUGUGUGGAUAUUAAUUACAAAUAUUAAUCACAGAAAAAAAUUAUGCUUAUUGAAGAUUGAGAAUUAAUUAUAUAUGAAUGUGUAGUAAUUUCAAGUGGUCCUUUUGAUGCUAAAGUAAU